CAUAUUCUUUGCCUCCUCGAUAAAGUCCUCCUCAUUCAUCGCGUUUUCCACCAUCUGUUUAACUGCCACUGGAAUGUUACGGAAUUUGCCUCGCUUGACAACCCCAAAUUGUCCCUUUCCGAUGGGUUCCGGAUCAAUUUGCAGUUCACCAGGAUCCAACUCGAAUUCAUCCAAGCCCAUCCCGGCAGUAACAGGACUCUCUCGGUCUUUGACUGGCGGAGAGCGCAAUCGAACGACCAAUCCACCAGAGUUGUGUUUAUGAUAAUGAAUCACCUCACUAAUAGUUGGGAAAGCAUGUUUCUCGAGGUAAAAUUGUGGUUCACCAUUGCCCCCUCCCCCACUGCCACCUGUUGAAUGGCCGUUAACUGGGGUUCCGUUAUUGCCAUUGGUUACGCUGACACCAUUGCUAUUGUUGGUGCUUGCGUUGUUACCGUUAGCACCUCCAUUAGCAUGGCCAUUGGAAAGGUUGGUUCCAGCUUCUGUCCGAUGAAUGUGAUAAUGGUGGACCCGUAG